UGCCUCUGGCCCUCCGGUUGUAGUUUGCCUAUCCCUGUCCUGAAGUUUUAGAGGGCGAUGGCCACAGCCCUGGGACGCUGGAACGGCACGGCCAAUAACUCUUGGGAAGGGGACGAGUUGGGCUACAAGUGCCGUUUCAAUGAGGACUUCAAGUACGUGCUGCUGCCCGUGUCCUAUGGCGUGGUGUGCGUGCUGGGGUUGUGUCUGAAUGCCGCGGCGCUCUACAUCUUCCUCUGCCGCCUCAAGACCUGGAACGCGUCCACCACGUACAUGUUCCACCUGGCCGUGUGCGAUGCGCUCUACGCCGCCUCCCUGCCGCUGCUGGUCUACUACUACGCGCGCGGCGACCACUGGCCCUUCAGCACGGUUCUGUGCAAGCUCGUGCGCUUCCUCUUCUACACCAACCUGUACUGCAGCAUCCUCUUCCUCACGUGCAUCAGCCUGCACCGCUGCCUGGGGGUCCUGCGGCCGCUGCGCUCGCUGCGCUGGGGCCGCGCGCGCUACGCCCGCCGGGUGGCGGCCGCCGUGUGGGUUCUGGUGCUGGCCUGCCAGUCCCCCGUGCUCUACUUCGUCACCACCAGCGCGCGCGGUGGCCGCAUCACCUGCCACGACACGUCCGCGCCCGAGCUCUUCGGCCAGUUCGUGGCCUACAGCUCUGUGAUGCUGGGGCUGCUCUUCGCCGUGCCCUUCGCCACCAUCCUGGUGUGCUACGUGCUCAUGGCUCGGCGGCUGCUGAAGCCGGCCUACGGGACGUCGGGAGGCCUGCCGCGGGCCAAGCGCAAGUCGGUGCGCACCAUCGCGGUGGUGCUGGCCGUCUUCGCGCUCUGCUUCCUGCCCUUCCACGUCACGCGCACUCUCUACUACUCCUUCCGCUCGCUGGACCUCAGCUGCCACACCCUCAAUGCGGUCAACAUGGCCUACAAGAUCACGCGGCCGCUUGCCAGUGCCAACAGCUGCCUGGACCCUGUGCUCUACUUCCUGGCCGGGCAGAGGCUUGUGCGCUUUGCCCGAGAUGCCAAGCUGCCCACCGACCCCACUCCGGUGGCCCCAGCUCGCCGCAGAGUGGGCCUGCGCAGGUCGGACAGGACUGACAUCAAGAGGACCAGAGAGGUAUCGACCAGCAGUGAGGACUCUAGGCGGACAGAGUCGACACCAGCUGGUGGUGAGAACACUAAGGACAUCCGGCUGUAGGACCUGAGCCCCUCAGGCCUGUGCAAGUUCAUAUAGGGGCUGGGGCUAUAGGGACUAGGACUUCUGCAGAUGGGAUAUUCUCCCUAGAUAGGGCCCCAUUAGUGACUCAUGCCUGAUGGUCAAGGGAGUCGUGACCUCAGUGCUCUGUCAUUUGGCAGGGGCUCAGCAUGCUGUCUGUGGCCCAGAGAUCUCAACAGUCCCUAGGACGCCUGUCACAAUUUGUGUGUGUGAGUUGGGGAAUAAGGCUUC